AUGGGGGUUCUAUCUUUUAUGAGAGCUCACUUCAAUGCGGAUGUUGACAUUGCAAUUGAAGAACUUCUUCAUAUGCAACCCACCUCUUUAUCAGAGCGUGAGGUGUACAUGUACAAUAUAGAGAAAACAUACAUGAGGCAAUUCAUGCUCUUGGAGAAGGAGAACGAGGUUCCGUCCCAUCUGUCAGCCGAAAACAUGAAGCAAUGGUUGCUGAACAAGAGAAGUUUCCAGCAUGAGUUCGGCAGUUUUGAAAUGAAAGUGCAUCCUGGGAUGUUCGAGCUCCUUCGUGUUGCUUGGACUAGGGCAAGGAUAAUGUGUCUGAAUCAGAUGCACUGGCAAGUCUGCAAAGAUUUCACCCUCGAAGAACGCCUUUCGCGGUUGUUCAAUAGAAAGGUCACCAUCGAAGGCCUCCAAAAGUACCUUUCAAUAGUGGCUCCCCUGGCUGAAGGGAACAUCAAAACAUACGUCCAUCAUCUAUACCGCUCUCUGCAAGUAUCAUUGAGCAGCAGUGAGAUGACCGAGACACAAAGACUGACACUGUAUCCAGAUUUUCACCGUGCUACUGCGCCCAUCGUGAGAGAGAUCCUACGAUUGGUUCUGAAUUCGCUUAUGUUAAAGUUGGACUGUCUUGGGAAUGAUGAACCCAUCACAGCAACAUUAGAGCAAAGAUCUGAGAGAGCCAGCAAGAAGAUCGUCCGUAUGCUCACCGACGCUCUGCUUUCCAUUCCGUGCCUGCGACAACACAUCACACAAGACAAUGUGCUGGACAUUUGUACUUACACUGCUGGGAAAAUCACCCAAAACCUUUUCUGUAACAUUCUUCAAAGCGCUGCAAACGUUCACUUUCUGAGCUGUGAUGAAACCUUGCUCACUGCACGGCUCGAAGUCAAAAAUGCUAUUGUGGAAAUGGUUGACAAUGGCAGUGAUCUACCCCUUUUAAGCUAA